AUGACAAGCGAAAUCACAUCAGAGCCAACGGCGGCAACCCCUCCCGUCUACGAGAUCACAUCCGAUCCAAAGCACGACGAACUCGAGGACACCGCAGCCAAGAUCCCCUCCCUCAACACCAUCUACAACAAGUUCUUCACAAAGGACGGCUGGCUCGGCGACUACGACUAUGCCUUCCUCUGCAUGCCCACCAUUCCCUGCCUCGGCAAAAAGUCCAAUCGCCAGCCUCCCUUCUUUGGCCUCAAGACUAAGCUUCCCGUCUUACUCUCCAUCGUCAUGGGAUUCCAGCACGCUUUGGCCAUGAUUGCUGGUGUGGUCACCCCUGUGUUGAUCAUGUCUGGCCCUGGUACAGGAAAUAUGAACCUCGACAUGCCCACCCGCUCCUACAUGCUCUCUGCCUCGCUGAUCUCCUCCGGAAUCCUUUCCUUGAUCCAAAUCACCCGCUUCAGACUCUUCAACACAAAGUACUACCUCGGUACCGGUCUUCUUUCCGUCGUCGGCACCAGUUUCAACUUUGUCCCAACCUUUGGCGCUAUGACAACCCGUAUGUACUUGAGCGGCCAAUGUCCUAUGGGUUUGGCUCCCGAUGGUAUCACACCUGUGCAGCUUCCCUGUCCUGAGGCGUGGGGUGCCUUUCUUGGAACCUGCAUGCUCUGCUCGAUCAUCGAGAUCCUCUUGGCCUUCCUCCCUCCUAAGAUCAUGAAGAACUUGUUCCCUCCCGUCGUCACCGGUGUCACUGUCUUUUUGAUUGGAGCCAAGCUCAUUGGAACCGGAUUGACUCAGUGGGCCGGUGGUUCGGGGCCUUGCAGCGCCAUGCCCGCCGAGGGUUUCUUCUCUGUCUGCCCCAACCUUGGAGCCCCCAACGCUGCUCCCUGGGCUUCGCCUCAAUGGAUCGGACUUGGCUUCUUGGUCUUCAUGACCAUUAUGUUUGUCGAGUUCUUUGGCUCUCCUUUCAUGCGCAAUGCCCAAGUUGUCAUUGGUCUUAUUGUCGGUCUUGUUGUCGCUGCCGCUACUGGCUACACCGAUAUUUCGACCCUGGAUGACGCCCCUACCAUCACUUUCUUGUGGGUGAAGAACUUUACCACCUUCCCUUUGUCAAUCUACGCCCCUGCCAUCAUUCCACUGCUGGUCACCUACGUCCUAACGAUGGUCGAGGCUAUUGGAGAUGUCACCGCUUCGUGUGAGGUCUCGAGAUUGGCUGUUGAAGGACGUGAGUUCGAGUCUCGCAUUCAGGGUGGUGUUUUGGCCGAUGGUCUGGGUGGUUUCCUCUCUGCCGUCAUGACCAACUCGCCCAUGUCUGUCUUUGCCCAGAACAACGGUAUCAUCGCCCUUACCAGAUGUGCAAACGCAUCGGCAGGAUACAUGUGCUGCUUCUUCUUGGUCUUGAUGGGCGUCUUCUCCAAGUUCGGAUCCCUCUUCCUCAUGAUCCCCGACUCUGUCCUCGGAGGCAUGACCACCUUCCUCUUUGCCAACGUUGCCUCGUCCGGCAUGCGCAUCCUUGCCUUCUUGAAGUGGACCCGUCGUGAUCGUUUCAUCGUCUCGGCUGCCAUUUCUCUUGGUUUGGGUGUCUCUCUCAUCCCCAACGCCUUAACUCACUUCUUGUCCUACAACGGCACUUCUAGUGUCUUGAUCGGCCUCGUCGACUCGAUCAACAUUAUUCUCUCAACCGGAUUCUGUGUUGGCGCCAUUAUCGCCAUUGUCCUCAAUCAGCUCCUGCCCGAAGAGAAGCCUGAGGAGAUGGAGAGGGAGUUGGCCGAGGGCGUUCGUCAGGCCGACAGCAAGCAGGCUGCCAAGAUUGCGGCCGAAAUGGAGGAGGCCGCCAACGGCGACAAGUCUAGCAUGAAGCACUUGUAA